AUGGGUGUGUUUACGGAGCUUAUUCAACAAAUGCAAGUCAAAGGAGUGCAGGUCAUUAACAAUGCUUGUGCAACUCAAGCGAUCCUCUCUAUCCUCUUGAACUCUCCAGAGGUUGACAUCGGCCCUGAACUAUCGACGCUGAAAGAAUUCACCAAGAACUUCCCAUCUGACCUUAAGGGUUUGGCUAUCAAUAACAGCGAGGCGAUACGGACUGCUCACAACAGUUUUGCAAGGCCUGAACCAUUUGUUCCAGAGGAACAGAAAGCUGCUACAAAAGACGAUGAUGUUUACCAUUUCAUAAGCUACAUACCUGUGGAUGGAGUCUUGUACGAGCUUGAUGGUCUUAAAGAAGGACCUAUCAGUCUUGGUCCAUGCCCCGGGGACCAAAGUGGUAUCGAAUGGCUGGAAUUGGUUCAACCGGUUAUCCAAGAACGGAUUGAGAGGUACUCACAGAGCGAGAUUAGGUUCAAUCUUUUGGCUGUGAUUAAAAACAGGAAGGAUAUCUACACUGCGGAACUUAAGGAGCUUCAAAGGCAGAAGGAACAGCUGUUGCUGGAGUUGAAUGGUUUGGACAAAAGCAACGCAGAACCGCUUGAGGUGUUGAUUCGUGAGGUGAAGAGUGGGAUUGAGGCUGUGAGUGAUAAGAUUGUAAUGGAGGAAGAGAAGUUCAUGAAAUGGAGAACCGAGAACAUUAGGAGGAAGCACAACUACAUUCCGUUUCUGUUCAACUUCCUCAAGCUUCUUGCUGAGAAGAAACAGUUGAAGCCUCUGAUUGAGAAGGCCAAGAAACAGAAAACAGAAAGCUCCAGUUGA